ACCCAGUCAAUGAAAUAUGCUGUCAAUCAACCAUCGUAGCAAAACCUGGACCAAUGGCUGAAUGCUGUGGUAAAGAGGCUUAUGAUAAGGACAAGCAGUUGUGCUGUGGUCCGAAUGAGAGCAAGAUGAUUCUGAUGAGGAAUUCCAGUCACCACCAGUGCUGUGGUCACAACCAGUAUGACACAGAGACUCAGUGCUGCUGUUCAAAUGAGGAAAGCGUGGAGAUACAAUCGAAGGAUUCAUCCUGUUGUUUCAAGGACUUUGGUGUAUCUGCAGCUCCUUUAUGUGGAAAUACAACCUUCAACAUACAUAAGCAUUUAUGUUGUCAGUCAACUGUUGUUGCCAAAUCUUCACCACAACACAGAUGUUGUGAUAAAGAGACAUAUGAUGUGGAAAAGCAGCUGUGUUGUGGUCCAAUUAAUGAUAAGAAGAUCCUUGAAAGGAACUCUACAGAUCACCAGUGCUGUUAUCAUGACCAGUUCAACACAAAGACCGAGUGCUGCUGUUGGAAAAAGGAAAGUGCUGAAGUACAAUUGAAGAAUUCAUCUUGCUGUUCAGAGGAGUCAGCUGUGCUUGAAGGUCAAAGCAAUUCCAAGGUGGGAAACCAAGUCUGCUGUGAUGGCUGUUCAUCUGUGCAGAAGCCUUGGAUCAAUCAAUGCUGUGGGGACACACCGUUUGGCUCAGCACAACGUGGAGUUCUCUGUUGUGAUAACACCUUGUAUGAGAACAGAAAUGAUGGAGAGGAAUGUUCAGAGACGGGUAUUCCUUAUGACCCAACUAAAGGGACCAUAUGUUGCUCUCAGUUUCAUGGCAGCCCGGGACAACACUGCUGUGGGACAGAAAUUUACCAGCCUGAUGCUGAGAUCUGCUGUAACGGACACAGACAUUCCAGAUUGGAAAAUAUUCACUGCUGUGGGAUUAAAGCCUACAAAAUUAAAGACCCACAGAUGAAGUGCUGUGCAGGAACACUGUACAAUCUGACACUGUUAGAUGAGCAUGGACAGGACGCACAGUGUUGCGGAUCCCUUCUGCAAAAGCAACAGGACAUUUGCUGCUCAAGUGAGGACAGAGAAGUGCUAUACUCUGCUAAGACGGGAUUCAGAUGCUGUGGUCACCUCUACUUCAACACCACCCUGUGGUCAUGCUGUGCUGAGCGGCUGAGAUCAAUCCAUGAACCAGGACAGGAUCGGAGAAAGAUGAAUAAUGAAUCCAGACUUCAAUCAGUGAAUAAUAUGAACAAAACUGAUCUUUGCAAAAAAAUGCGCAUCGGGACAGUGGAAAGUGUCUCUCUGCAUAGCAUUGUGUUCAAGAGCGUGCUGAAGAUCUGUGGAAAGAAGGCCAAAGUGAAAGCGUUGCCUUUCCCUUAUAUCUUGAAAACAGAUGAUCACUGCAGCUCACCCAAACUGAUUCCUGGGAAGACCUACUUCUUUAACAAAGUUAAUGUUUUCACCGAUUCCAACCAUGACACUGUUCUUCAGUCACUCCACUUCAUUUUUUCUAAGUGUUCAGCUUAGAUCACCAGUCACUGAUGGAUACAUAUUACUUCUUACUCACACACUGAUUUACAUUUUUUCACAACAGCUAUUACAGAGAUGCGUUGUCACAUAACGGUCUGUUACCUCUAAAACAAUCAACCGUAAAGGUACUCAUCAUCAUAAAAAAAUUUAACCUGACGUUUUACCAGCAAUACCAGCAGCAAAGUUGGUGAAAACCAACCCAAAGAGAUCUUUUCAGUUCAUCAUUGCUUUUCUUACUCAUUCAGGCUCAAAAUAUGACCUGUUUGCUUGGAUUAGCAUGCACUCACCUUGAACAUUGCUCUGGAUCCCACGGAUCUUCAUGAGCUUUACUGAUCUUUAUUUUACCUUUUCAGAUUUUUGAAUAGGUUUGAGUUUGCAUUUGCAGCAGUGUUGCACUGCCAAAAAUUUUAGGCCAGUCACUUUUUUUUCUACAAGGUGAGAUAAGUUAUUGUUGCACAAAUAACAGUUGGAGGUUUUUUGUUUGUUUCUUUUAAAAUUUUCUAUUAUACAGGUUAUGUAACUUGAGUAAAAAGAAAAACAAAGCUAAUUUGCCAGUAGCAGGCAACCAUUUACCUUAUUUAGAGACUAUGAUGCACAAUAUUACUGCAAUACAGACAAAUGUGAUGUAAGUAUACAAUGCAUUACUUUUUAUAUCACACCCACACUGCAUACUUAUUUCAUUAAGAAAAUCACAUUGUGUUUCCAAAACAGCAGUAUCAGUUAUUAGUGAUAUUAGUUAUACAUUGUUAUCAAUAUAUUAUACAUUGUUUUUCAAAUAUUGCUUCACUUUUUACUUUACUCUGCCUGUAUUCAGCCAAACCAUGUUCCUCUUUGGUGUAAGAUGACCCAAAAAUAUGGGGUUAUUUUUGUGCCACUAUUCUGAGCGCACGUUAAAAAAAAAUGCAGGUGCAAGUGUUGCAUUUUGAGGAGAAAUUUAUUUUGAGUGGAGAAAAGCUAAACUUGAGUGAAAAAAUUUAAUUGCUGCAUGCAAAAAAUGCAUUUCAGUGUUUGCUAUUAUAGCAGCCCCUCUCGCUCAGUUUUUGCAUUUGCGCUU